AUGGACCACACAACCACCUUCACCACGCAUUUGGCCAAAACACAUUCGGCACAGCACCGGUAUGCCCUGCAUUCGUCAACAUGCUGUGUAAAAGUGGCUUGCCUCUCCGUAUCUUUGCGUAAUAUGAUGCGGAACUUGGCAGCGACAUUUCGACCAGCCAUCCGCAUUCGGCAAAGCUGGCGGCAACACAUCCCAGGCCGAUGGGUUCAGCUCCGUCCUUUGUCCAGCUUACCUUCUGGUUGGCAGGAGUAUUAUAGCGAAAAGUAUGCCCGACCGUACUAUUGGCAUCAAGCGACUGGCACAUCACAAUGGCAUCUGCCCGAGGUCGCGCAGGCAGACAGCGAGAAAUCGACGCAAAGCUCCGAAAGUGUUGCGAAAGGGCAAGGGCGUGCUUCCGAAGACGUCACAGAGAUGCCUCAAACGGUGCGCGACAGCCAGUGGAAGGUGGUGUGGAGUGAGGAGUACGGCAGGAAUUAUUAUUGGCAUGUGCCCUCUGGCCGGACCGCGUGGGAACGGCCAUCUGACAUGCCGACCGACGCAGACUCACAGAGACUGAAGCACGUUAUGGCGGCGAGCCGGGACAUCCUGCACGGGGCAACAGUGGGAGAGGAUAUCCCGAGCGGUGACGAUCUACAGGUCGUUAAGGAUCUCUUGAACUACCAUCCCGAUGCGAAACGCAAGAUUGGUGGGGGGCUCCGGUCAAUCAAGGUUGAUUUCGCGCCGCCACCGAAUCACAAGCAUCGCUGCUUCUGGGUAGUUCGGGUAGAUGGUUCGCAGGAAGACUUUUCUGCACGAAAAUGUCGUGAUGCAAUCCGUCGGGAGUUGCAUGCAGCUCGCCACAGGGUGCCUGCGGAAUAG